AUGGGUGCAUUUCUCCUAACGUUCGAGCUUUUUUUAGUUUUCAUUCUUACUUCGUACUUGCUUAACAAGUAUGGAAACUGGCGAAAGCAGCAUAUAGUUGUUACCUUAUCAACGUUUAUUGGGUGGUUUUUUUCGUUCACAAUUAUAUUCGUUCUACCUCUCGAUGUUGCCAUAACUUUUUAUAAUAAAUGCGAACUGAAUCAAAAAAUCUCUAAUUUUACCGACACGUGUGAACAACCGGACGGAUUUGUACCGGACGAUGUUCUCUUACGUCUCUGGAGAGUUGUGUACUGGACUGCACAAGCUCUGACCUGGAUCGUGCUUCCUUUGCUACAAUCUUAUUCAAAUGUCGGAGAAUUCACAAGUGGUGCUCGCUUUAGAUCAGCACUCUUGAACAAUAUAAUUUAUUAUGGGAUCUAUGCUUUCAUAUUUAUUAUGCUUCUGUUUUAUGCAAUGAUAAAAGGAGUAGUGAUCAAUAGCGAACAUUUGAAAGUAAUUUUAGUAUCUGCAUCCAAUACUUGGGGAUUGUUCCUGUUAGUUCUUCUGCUGGGUUAUGGACUUGUUGAGCUACCUAGAAGCUUAUGGCAUAAAGGGAACACAGUUUAUCGACUCAACAGGACUUACUUCAACAUUGAUAAGUUGUCAUCAGAGAAGAGUGAAGCUGAAGAUAAUCUGAAACGUUUGUACAGGGAAUCUAGGAAAGUUUUAAACUCGUUACAAAACGAACAUGGAAAACGAGAAAAAGCUCAAAUAAUUCUCUCUAAAUUCUCUUCAGAGGUGUUAGAUGAAAUAUAUCCUGUGAGAAGUGCUUCAGAGUUCUCUGGCGUAGCUGACGUUGGUUCAGUGGCCAGUGAUAAGUAUUUGGUAUCUCUCCAUAAGCAGGUCAUUGCUGCCGUUCAAACACAUCAUCGAACGAAAACGCAGUGGGAGUCUCUUGUUAGCAAAGCUUUAUUCAUUGAAGACAUUGCGAAAGCUCAAUUAGGAGGAAGAUUACAGCCUAGUUCCAAAUCUGUUAUACCAUCCCCUCUUCAACAUAUAUGGUACAUCCAGUUCCGAAAGCCACUGAUGAGGGUUUUCGCUUUCAUCCUUUCUCUCAUGACAGGUUUCAUUCUUUUGUCAGAAUGUACUUUCUUCAUCAUUCACCCUACUCUGUCUCCGGCUGCUCUCAUCAUGGAAUACGCUGCUGAGCAUUAUCACUACAAAUACACUCAGUUUGUUGCGAUGGGAAUUAUCUGUUAUCUGUGUUUCUGUGCUUACUUCACAGUUUUCCGUCUCAAAAUUUACAAGUACUACCACUUGGAUUCGCAUAAGAACACGGAUGAGAACAGUUUGCUAUUCAGUGCAAUCUUGCUUUGUCGUUUAACUCCACCAAUUUGUUUGAACUUCCUUGGUAUGGUUCACCUCGAUUCGCACAUAACUAUGGUCAAAGAUUACGGGGUUGAGACACAGUUCACCAAGUUGAUGGGACAUCUGGACGUCAUUCCAAUUUUAGCGAAAGGAAUCAACAUCUAUCUCCCGAUAUGCAUUCUCAUAUUCUGUGCCGCCAACUAUUACAGACUCACGAGCUAUAUAAUGCAUAAUUUGGGUUUCGAUCAAUUCAUUACUGAUAAUGAGUUCACCCAGGAUAUGAUGAGUGCUGGAAGAGCAUUGGUCCAGCUUGAGAGGAACAGUAUGCAACGAGCUGUUAAUCGCCAAUCGAGAGAAGAUCAACGACGGGAUCCUAAAUCUCCUUUCAAUCGAGUUCGUAGAGAUCGUAUCGAUGACGACCGUAUUCCAAUUGUAGCAGCAGCGGCCGACGAGGACUUGGAGACUGGAUUAUUAUUAGAUUAUAACGAUGAGUCCAACUUCAGAAGUCAAGAGCGCAGUCCUUUCAAGCAACAUCCGUCUCCUACUAACUUGUUCGAUGAUCUCUAG